AUGACAUGGAUGGAUGUGGUGGGUUACAGCAAUCAGUCAUCGUUUGCACAAGGUGGUUUUUGUUCAGAUGUUGCCAGUGCUUCCCCUGCUGAGCAGUCUCCUGGGGCAGCAGACCGAGGGCUACAGGGUGCCGGGUGGAAACCUGCUCCCCCCAUCACCACCUCUGGGCUGCAGCCUGCUGUGAUGCCGUGGUCUUCAUCUGACUACAACCAGCAGGACUCCGCAGCUCAGUCUCUGGCCUACYCAGCUGCCUCUGCCCUCACUGCUGAUGUAUACAUGCAAACUCUGUGUCCCAGCUACACCAUGCUGACCUAUACACACACACCGCUGCUAACUAACUUUGGCACCAUCCCAGUGGCUCCAGGUCAAAGCUCCCUCGCUCAGAUGGAGCGCCCUGACUCMGGGCUYUCCUAUCCCUUCUGGGCACAGCCUCUUACCACCAUAUCUGCCAUGCCCAACCAAGGAGUUCAGUUUGCCUCAGGUUCUGCAGCUCUGCCUGGACCCCCUUUGGUUCAUAUGCCUUUACCCAUGUCUUUGACCGCCAUGAUUCCUCAACCAGAGACCCAGGCGGUGGAGCUUCACCCUCAGGUUCUGGACAUCCAACAGCACUCAGAGCAUGAGCUGGACCAAGAACCACAAGAUCACUCCUUGGAAGAAAAUCCUGAAGAAGAGCCAGUGUCCCCUAAUUUGCUGGAUAMACUUCUGGAAGAUCAGAAGGGGCAUGAUGACGAGGAAGACAAGAAGUCAUACUCCAGCUCCAUAUUCUUACCUAAUGUCUGAAGUCACAACAGUUCAUUCCAUUGAAACAGAUUUUUUUUUUUGUAACUCAGUGGUCAUAAGAUUGCAGAAAUUUUUGGCAUACUCAUUAACUUUAGCUCAAUUCUUGCCUUAGUUCAUAGACAAAGAACUAAGGCAAAGUUUGCCUUAGUUCAUUGUUUUUACCAAUGCCUUGACAGACACGCUCCAGACAGAGCUGGAAAUGUACAUUUUUACAUGUAAAAAUGCACAAAUUGAAAGAAAUUUUG